AUGGAAAAUUCUGGUGUGGAAGAGCUAGUUGUUCAUUUGGAUCGCUCGCUGGAUCUGUCUACGAUGGAGAUUGGUGUUAAGUUAGUUGGUAUGGCUUUGACGCAGAAGCCACUGAAUAGGUGGGGUAUCAGAAACAUCCUUAACUCGGUGUGGAAGGAUCUAGGUGAAGUGGGAAUUAAAUGGGUCCGAGAGAAUGUGUUCAUUAUCUCGGUUCCGGAUCAGAGUGUGGCUAAGAAAAUCCUGGCGCAGGUGCCGUGGGCUGUCAUGAAGAAAAAAUUUGUAGUAAAAGCUUGGCCCCCGGACCUUGCUUUGGAGGAGGUUGACAUGAAGACUGUUCCUUUCUGGGUUCAAAUCCGGGGAGUCCCUUUAAGUUUGGUUUCCAAGGAGAAUGUUACUCGGCUCAUUAAGACGGCUGGUGUUUUUAUGGAGAUGGAGGAUCCAGCAAAAGCUCGAGGCUUCUUAAGGGUGAGAGUGUUAGUUAAUUCGGAGAACCCGCUUGUUCUGGGAUGUUGGUUGAAAAGGGAGGUGAACCGUGAGACUUGGGUGAAGUUUAGAUACGAGAGGCUUCAAGAUUUUUGCUAUCAUUGUGGGCGUAUUGAUCAUAUUAAUACGGAGUGCUCUUUCGCGGUGAAUAUGGGUGGGGCGGGAGGCUUUGGAGAUUGGAUCAAAGCUCCUCAUGUGCGCGAGUUUGUGGAGCAUGUGCGCCCGUCGCGAUUGGGAGUAGGCGAACGGAGGUUGGUUGGAAUGGUUAGGGGCAGUGAUCGUCCUGAGUUGAGGUUGCAGCGUUCGAUCCACAAUGAGGCUCCGAGCAGGAAAGACACUUCUGGGGUGACUGCUGGGGAGCUUGGUUCCCAUGUUCGUGACAAGAAGAAAUGGCGUAGGUUUCAGCGCCAAGCUUGUCCUGCUAGUCAGAUUCAAGUGGUAGUGCCUCAGCUGCGUCGCCACCUGAGAUGGGAGUGCGAUGAUGGGAGUUUCCCGUCAGUAAUUAAUCAACUGGUCUUUCAGAGGGGAGAAGGAGAGCAUUCGGUUCGGAUUCGGGAUGUUAGUGAGGCAGAUUCUGGGACUCCACCAGUUGGUGAUUUCGAGGGGUUCACGGGGACUUUGGCUUCUACCUCUCGAUUGUGCUCAAGCCUGUUGCGGCAUGAGGUGGGUGGCAUUAAGCGAGGAGUGGAGACAUCGAGUAUGGACUUAGUUCCAUCCCCCCAAAAGAAAACUAGAGGGCCCAACCCGGACACUGAUAGACAAGUGAUACAGGACGGCACUAUGGAAGUAAGUGAUCUGUGGGAUCAGGUGGAGGCUGAUGCGGGAGAGAAUGGAAGCUGUGUCUGGACUGGUGGGGAUAGUAAUUGGGUCCAUAUUACUGGAGUGUAUGGAACUCCCUACAGGGAGGAUAAGGCUGAGUUUUGGGAGUGGAUGUCGAGUCAUUUUUCUCCUGCUGAUAUUCCGUGGCUUUGUGCUGGGGAUUUUAAUGAAUUUCUUUGGGAUCAUGAGAAGUCUGGGGGGGUGGAGGCUCUCUACAACAGGCCUAGGUAUCUGGAGACUUUCAUGCAGGUUACCAAUUUGUGGGAUUUGGACUUUAAUGGUCCUGCUUUCACUUGGCAUGGUAUGCGCCACGGUCAUCUGGUGGAGGAACGGAUUGAUCGGGCUUUGAUAAACGAGCUUUGGCAGGAUUUGUGGCCGAAUUCUUUGGUUACGCAUGGGACGGUUAUGGGGUCUGAUCAUUGUCCUCUCAUUAUUCAAACCGAGUCGGAGAGUAUGCAGGGGCGAAGAGUGUUCAAGUUUGAGGCGUUCUGGGCUAAAGAGAUUGAUUGUGAUCAGGUGGUGCGCUCUUGCUGGAAUAGGCAGGCUCCGAGUGAGAUUUUGGUGAGGUGGACGAAGAAAAUAAACGAUUGCAAAUCUAGUCUUAUUCGGUGGAGCCAAAAUAAAUUCAAGAAGAGAGGUCUGUUGAAUCAGGAACUCCUGCAUCAGUUGCAGGAGCUUCAAAAGGAUUGGCGCUCUAAUAUUGAAGUCAUUAAGCAGAAAACUCAGCUCGUCGAUGAAUUGAGGGCUAAGGAGGAAAGCUAUUGGAUGCAGCGUUCUAGAGUUAGAUGGCUUCGUGAUGGGGAUGCCAAUACAAAGUUCUUUCAUAAUUCUACUUUGCAACGAAGACAACGCAACCAAAUUAUCAAAAUUAAGGAUGAGCUUGGGAACUGGGUGGAGCAACCGGGACGUGUUCGAAAAUUGGUGGAGGAUCAUUUUAUUCACACGUUUACUACUGGGGGAGCCCGGAACUGGGGAUCUUUGUUGGAUUGUAUUAGCCCGAGAGUGACGGAGGAUAUGAAUCUGGCGCUCCUUAAGCCGGUGUCCGAGGAUGAAAUCAAGACAUCGAUCUUUAAAAUGGGUGGUCUUAAAGCUCCGGGACCGGAUGGUUUUCAAGGCAUAUUCUAUCAAUCAUUUUGGGAGCAUGUCUAUGAGGAUGUCUGUGCUUUGGUGGGGGAGUUAAUGCAGGGGUCGUCUAGCCUGACUUCUCUUAAUGCUACGUAUAUUGUUCUGAUCCCAAAGGUUCCGCACCCGGAGACGGUUUCGCAGUUUCGGCCUAUUAGCCUGUGUAAUUAUUCUUACAAGGUGUUGUCUAAGGUCUUGGCAAACCGGUUAAAGGUGAUUCUUCCUAUGCUUAUAUCUCCCUCCCAAAAUGCUUUUGUGGCGGGUCGUCAAAUUCAAGAUAAUAUCGGGAUUGCUCAUGAAAUGUUCCAUUUUUUGAAAGGGAGAACUGCGAAACGGAAGUUUGAAAUGGGAGUCAAAUUGGAUAUGCAGAAAGCCUAUGAUAGAGUUGAAUGGGAUUUCCUUGAUGCGCCAGGCAACAAGUUUGCUUCGUCCAGAGGUCUCAGGCAGGGUGAUCCUUUAUCUCUUUAUCUGUUUAUCAUUCUGGGGGAGGUUCUUUCGUGCAUGAUUCAACCUGCGAUUGACGACAAACAGCUGGAGGGAGUUAGGAUUGGUGUAUCGGAGCCCAUUAUAUCCCACUUGUUCUUUGCGGACGACACUCUUCUUUUUUUGCGUGCGGGGGAUAAUUAUUGUAGAAAUUUGCUCUCUAUUAUUGAUAGGUACUAUGAAGCUUCGGGGCGGAAAGUGAAUCUCCAGAAGUCCAGUAUUUAUUUUGGUGCAAAUGUUCCGAAAGGGGUGGUUGCCAAUUUGGGUGGCAUUCUUGGUUUGUCUGUAGUGGAUAAUCCUGGCACUUAUUUGGGUGUCCCAGCCAUCUGGGGUCGGUCCAAAAAGCGUGGCCUUGCUUAUGUGAAGGGCAAAAUUUUGGGAAAGCUCCAAGGGUGGAAGCAGAGUGCGUUGUCGAGGGUGGGCAAAGAAGUUCUGAUUAAGGCUGUGAUCCAGGCCAUUCCUGCUUAUCCUAUGUGCAUUUUUAAAUUUCCUUCUGUGGUCUGUCAUGAGUUGGAUGCCCUGGUUGCGAGAUUUUGGUGGGGAAGCCAUGGGGAGAACCGAAAGAUCCACUGGGUGUCUAAGGAGGUUCUGGGCCUUCCCAAGGAUAUGGGUGGCCUGGGUUUUAGAAAUUUUCAGGAGUUUAAUGAUGCGUUACUUGCUAAGCAAUGCUGGCGUUUGCUUACGGAGCCGAAUUCAUUGUGGGCGAGGGUUAUUAAGGCCAGGUACUUCCCGCAUUGCUCUUUUUUGGAGGCUAAAAAAGGGGCUCGGGCUUCUUGGGCUUGGUCCAGUCUUCUCUCGGGCAGGGAGCUUCUUACUAGCGGAUCUCAUUGGCAAAUCAUGGGUGGGGAGGAGGUGAGGGUUUGGGUGGAUAGGUGGCUGCUCUCUCUCCCUUCGGGGCACCCUAUGCCGCUUGGUUCUGUCUCUGUUACGUCGAACUUACGGGUCAGCUCCCUCAUUGACUCCUCUUCCCGGCAAUGGGAUUUUGAUUUUCUAAGACCGUUUCUUUCUUUAGCGGAUCAAAGGGCUAUUCAGGAAACAAUUAUUGGAGACUCGAGGUGGAAGGACAGGCUUGUUUGGGCUGCUAACCGGAAUGGCAAAUACUCGGUGAAAUCGGGGUACAGAUGGCUGCAAGUUCGCUCUAUUGAGAAUGCUGAUGAAACUGUGGAGCAUGUCUUCCUUCGCUGUCCUUGGGUGGCGGCUGUUUGGUUUGGUGGAGCGUUGAAUUACAAAGUGGAUGCUGCCGGUAUUGUCUCGUGGGAUCGGUGGUUGCAGGAUGUGUUUUCUCCUAACUGGGGUUCUUCGGCUGACAGGCAGUGGUUCCAAGCUUAUGUUUCGUUCUCUUGUUGGUUCAUCUGGAAAGCUCGCUGUGAUUUUGUGUUCAACCAGGUUCCUGUGAAUCCAUCUAAGGUUAUUUUUUCGUUGUCGACCGCCUUUGGGAACUUUUUGCUUGCUAUGUCUUCUGUGGGUAUUGCUCAGCCUGUCUCGGUUUCUCGGGAGGAGGUUGCUGUCAGGUGGUGUCCUCCUUCUUCUCCUUUUGUUAAAAUCAAUGUAGAUGCUAGUUGGUCUAAAUCAUCUCGGAUGGGUUUUGCGGGGGUGGUUGCUAGACAGGACGGUGGGCGUUUCCGGGCUGCGGUAAGGUCUUCUGUUUUGGCUCCUUCUUCUCUUGUGGCUGAGUCUUUUGCGAUCCUGCGUGGUUGUGAAUUGGGUGCCUCGUUGGGUUUCAGUUCUGUUCUCAUUGAAUCUGACUCUCUUCAGGCUAUUUCCUAUUUAAAUGGUUCUCUUGAAAAUGGCAGUUGGGAGGCUUUCCCCAUUUUGGCUAGAGCUCAAAGGUUGGGAUCAGCUUUUCAGAACUGUCGCUGGUCUUGGGUUCCAAGAUCAGCCAAUUUGGCAGCGGAUGUUCUUGCGUCGGCUGAUUUUACGGAGAUGUGUGAUUUUGUUUGGGUUGACAGACCCCCAUCUUCGUUAGUUCAUGUAUUAAGUAAUGACGGACUGCCUUGCCCUCAUUAG